AUGGAUGUCCUUUUUACCGCCACAACAACUCAUGUCCAUCAUAUUUAUCGUGUACUGAAAGCUAUCAGUGUUACUGGAAAGGAGGCUUCAAUCACAGUUUCGGAUCAAGGUUUGAAAAUUUCGGUUGAGAAUGCAUCAAAAUCGUGCCAGGCCCAUUUGUUUUUGAACGAGACUCUAUUCUCUGUUUAUAAAUUCCGUCCAGAUCUUUACAAUGAAUUAGAGACUAAUGAUAAUAUCAAUGCUGGUGACGCAACUCCAUUGGUAGCUACAUUCAAUAUCUCACUUCGUGCCCUGACUGGAUGCCUCCAGAUAUUUGCAGACUCCACUGAUAAAACGACCAAUAGUACAAACACGGCCAAUUCUGCCGGAGGCAGAGACUUUUCACAAAGGGAACGACAGAGAGCUAAUGGCAAUGUUGGUGGCAAUGGUAAAUUAAAUGAGAUUUCUGUCAGUAACCAGUGCCUUUUCGUGUAUAGGGGUCCUGGCUAUCCAUUUAUGAUUUAUUUCACUCAAGGUUUAAAUGCCGCGGUAACGACAAAAUGUGAACUUGCCACAUAUGACCGUAAUGGAUCUUUUGACAAUCCCGAAAAAACAGAAAUGGAAAAUGACUACGACGACGAAUCUCAAGAUGCUAUUACUAUUGAUCCUAAUUCGAUAGUUCAGAAAGUUAUACUUAAAGGAAAUGUCAUGGAAGACGCCCUGAAAGAAUUAGACGCUAUCAAUACCUCGAUUAUAACGAUUAGAGCUUCUGCUAAAACUGCUCCUCAUUUUACAUUUAUUAGUGAGGGCGAGCUUGGUAAGUCAGAAUACUCAUUCCCCAACGAAGGAAAGAUUUUAGAAGUGUUUCUAGUAGCUCCUCCUGGCCAAUUAUACAAUGGAGACAUUGAUUCAGUGAUGGAUAGAGAUGAUUACGAUACAACGCCAGACUGGGUAGUUGUCAAUAGUUAUGCAUUUGCCACAUUCAAUCUUAUCCGCGAGACGGUGUUUUUGGCCAAUAGAAUCAAUAUUCGAUGCGAUGCGCUUGGUGUUAUGUCAAUUCAGUCUUUGUGUGAAGGAGAACCUGGCUGCCAGAGUUAUAUUGAUUUUAGAUUCCUGCCAAGUGAAGAGUAA